AUGGCCCCGGAGGAGCCGCCGGAGUCGGGGAGCAGCAGCAGCAGCAGCAGCACCAAGGAAGAGGAUGAUUUCGGGUACGGCCUGUUCCCGGAGCGGCGGCGCGGCGAGACGGCGAAGGAGAAGUCCCUUCUGUACAACAGCCUGUUCACCUUCAACCACAAAUGUCAGGUGAUGCUAAAGGUCGCCCUGGACUCCAGUCCAUAUGCUAAACUGCUACUUGAUGCUAUGAACAGUUCUGGCUGCACCGUUUUCAAAGAUCGACACUUUUCCUGUGAAGACUGUGAUGGGUGUGUUAGCGGUGGAUUUGAUUCUUCAACGUCACAGAUUGUCCUAUGUCAAAACAACAUUCACCAUCAAUCGCACAUGAAUAGAGUAGUUACACAUGAACUUAUCCAUGCAUUUGAUCACUGUCGUGCACAUGUGGACUGGUUCAACAACGUCAAGCACUUAGCUUGCUCAGAGAUUCGAGCGGCUAAUCUCAGUGGAGACUGCUCACUCAUGAAUGAAAUGACCCGGUUUAAGUUUGGCUUGAAGCAACACCAUCAAACCUGCGUACGAGACAGAGCUGUUCGCUCCAUCUUGGCAGUUAGAAAAGUCAGCAAAGAGAUGGCCGAGAAAGCCGUAGACGAAGUCUUUGACUCCUGUUUCAAUGAUCACGAACCAUUUGGCAGAGUGCCUCAUAGUAAACGGGAUGCAAAAUAUGCAUAUAGGGAUUUUCAGAACCGCCAUCGAUACUACACAAAUUUAUAGAUGGAACUGUCCAUUUCGAGCUGCUAAACAACAACAUUUGAGGACUAUUUA